CAACUGACUGGUGAGACUGCUUUGCUGAGCAUCUACCUUAGUCAAUCAGCCAAUAUCGCUACUGCAAAUAUCCUACUUCCUGACAAGGAAAGCAUAGCUAGCGAUACUGCUUCUUGGACCGCCCUUUCGAUAGGUAGCCUGUCUUGAUCGCCGUUGGCAGUUUGAACAGGGACAACAGUCUAGGCUUUGAGACGACUGGGGUCCACCUGGCCGGUACUGCAAUAGCCACAGCAUCACCUCUUGCGCUACGCAGGGAGUUGUCACUUGCGUAAACCCGUAUCCGUACGUGCAACCCUCUUGGUUCCCGGAGAAAUUCGCUCUUCUGCCCACGGAAAAGGCCACUUCAACGACAAUGGCGGAAACUCUGCAGAUCCCGGGCCCAGACGUGGCCUGGUUGGCUCCUCGUCUACCGUCAGAAUCUGCCAUCCAGUCAGCGAAAUCCCAGGGCCGUCCUUUUGUUACUCUAACCUUUGCAACAUCACUGGAUUCUUCCCUUUCCCUCGCCCCUGGCGUGCGUACGCGCCUUUCGGGUUCCGAGUCCAAGGCCAUGACACACCACCUUCGUCGUCACCAUGCCGCCAUCCUCGUUGGCGUCGGGACUGUCCUCGCCGAUGACCCGGGCUUGAACUGCCGCAUCGACGGUGCAAAUAUCGACGCCCAGCCGCGCCCCUUUGUCCUGGACCCUCGUGGCCGAUGGGACUUCACCGAACACAGCAAAGUUUUCGAAGUCGCCCGCACCAACAACGGCUUGGCACCAUUCGUGCUAGUAGGCCCGUCUGCCGUCAAUCCGGAAAGAAAGGCAAUUCUGGAGGCCCAUGGCGGUAAAUUCGUCAUCCUCGAACCCCGGAAGACCGAGCCGCGAUUCGACUGGCCAUCGAUCCUCUCUGCUAUCCAUGCUGAGGGUCUCGAAAGCGUCAUGAUCGAAGGCGGCGGGCAGGUAAUCAACUCGCUUCUAGACCCUGCCUACCAGCACCUCGUUGAUAGAGUCAUCGUAACUAUUGCGCCGACUUGGCUUGGACGCGGCGGUGUUGUUGUAUCCCCCGACCGUGUCCAGGAUACCGAGGGCAUGCCUGUGCCAGCCGCCAGGCUCACAGAUGUUGCGUGGCACCAGUUCGGUGAAGAUAUAGUUCUUUCCGGUCAACCAAGUCUAGAUGCCUAGGCUCCUGAUCACAUCUUGUGAUACCAGCGGCAAACCUCAGAGGCCAACAUGGAGAACUACAGCUGGCCGAUCACCGUUGAAUGGUCAAGCAAGACGCCGCCGCGACGCACCCGCCGUAUUGCCUAAGAACCCGUGCCAUUGUUGGUCAACUGUCGAAACUGCCCUAUCCUGUCAGGGCCCUGCAGAUAUCAACAUGCCCCUGCUUCCCCCCCACCGGGGCGCUUAACGAAAAUGACGGUUCAUCAUACCUCGCUUGCCUGGAACAUCGCCGUCAGGACAAAUGCGGACUCGAA